AUGGACUCUUCGUACAAUCCCUAUCUUGAUCCAUACUAUGCUCAAGAAAGAGCUUCUUCAUAUUAUCCUCAACCAAACUAUCCUCAAGGAGGAAGCUCUUCAUACUAUCCUCAUGAAGGAACGUCAUCAUACAAUCCUCAAUCAUACUAUCCUCAAGGUGGAAGCUCUUCGUACUAUCCUCAAGAAGGAAGCUCUUCGUACUAUCCUCAAGAAGGAAGCUCUUCGUACGGAAACUAUCCUCAAGAAGGAAACUAUCCUCAAGAUGGAAGCUCUUUGUAUGGAAACUAUCCUCAAGAUGGAAGCUCUUCGUACGGAAACUAUCCUCAAGAUGGAAGCUCUUCGUAUGGAAACUAUCCUCAAGAUGGAAGCUAUCCUCAAGAUGGAAGCUCUUCAUACUAUCCUUACCAAGGAACUUCUUCAAACUAUGGAACCUCUUCACACGAUGAAAACGCAAAUGGUUGUUCCAUCAUGUGA